CGCCGUAACGUGAUAACUGUGCUCUUGUUUCUUAUGAUACUCCUUAGGCUUCCUUUGUCUGGUUUAUCGCGUUCGAUUUGGUGUCGACCAAAGUCUGAUUGCGAUCGAUUUGUCAGUAGAACUGUAUAAAUUAAAUAACAAUUUUAUGCGCCUUUCAUUUCUGCGGCAUGGUUUUACUUCCGUCCGUAAUGACUCGCUGUUUUCGCAUUGCUUAAACAUUUCUUUCUAACCUUCAAUUACGCUUCUGGACUGCUAAUGUAUUUUAACAUUCAUCCAAUGAUAAUGUUUGCUGCAUAGGUUAUAUUUCAAACGGGAUUUAGAACUGUUCUAUGCGGGGUCAAUGGUCGUUGGUGCUUUACAAAUCAUGAAAAGCGUGCUUAGUUGUUGCGCGCGCAUGAAUUGACUAUCUUUUUUCAAAUUAUCUUUCUUUCGCAGCAAUUCCAGUUACAUCCACUUUAAGAUUUUCUUCGAAAACAUCGGAUGAAUUGUAGUACCUUUAAAAUUGUAAUAAAAAGAGGACUGAUAUAAACGACGUUUGCUUGAAUUGAAGUAAAGUACGAGAGUGGAUUGAAAAAUUUAGUCUAGACGUAAUAUAAAAUGUGUACGAUUCAGAUUAUAAACUUUUCAAUCCACGCUUAUAAUCUAACGAGACUGAUACAGAUUUAUGAUUUAAACUUGCUUCCUGGCAGUUCGUUAUAAUUGUUUCAAGUCGAUUCUCUUUCUUUUACGUCACUUGAUUGAUUGACCACGAACUGACCUAAUUCGCCUGUUACAUCCCCCACCCGUGAUGUGGGCACAAAGGAACAGUAUUUUGUUUGUUACAAUUUGCUUAGAAGAUUGUAAAGAUCCUACGAUUAAGGUGGAACCGGAAAAGAUAUACUUUAAAGGUAUUGGUGGUACCGAACGUAAAUUGCAUGAAGUUACAAUUAAUCUGUACAAAGAGGUUGAUCCAGAAAAGACAAUUCAGAGUCCAAAGGGACGAAACAUUGAAUUAGUAUUAACUAAAAAGGAAGAGGGUCCUUACUGGCCACGACUUACUAAGGAAAGUAAGAAGUUCCAUUGGCUGAAGAGUGAUUUCAACAAGUGGAAGGACGAAGAUGACAGUGACGACGUCCCUUAUUCUGAAGGCCGUGACUUUGAAGAGAUGAUGAGACAAAUGGGUGGCCUUGGUGGAUCCGGAGACAGAAAACCAAACUUUGAUGAUCUAGACGAUGUCGGAGACGACGCCGAUGGUCCAGAUAGUGAUGACGAGGAUCUGCCUGACCUGGAGUGAGGUGUCUUUGACUCUAAAUCAUUUUACUCCUCUCAAAAUGAAUCGCAACUUAUCGUUGGCGCACGAAAUCGCUAUCUUACGUUAAGCCAGUGCUACUUGUAUUUUGAAUUGCGAAGCAUGUUUGCAAGUUUGCAAUGGCUGAUGACGUAACUAGCAAUUUAACAGAUGAAGUGCGCUAAAGACUGUCCAUCGACUAGCAAACACCAGAGGACAAACAGAUAAACAGUAAUGCAACUUUGAAGAUUUCCAAACGAUCCCCUUUAGUCGUUAGUUCAUAAACUAAGUUAUAAUGGACAAGCUUUUUUAAUGAUGAAUUGAUUAAACGUGUAAAAUAAUAAGAUAAAGUAAUGAGAAAAUACCAAAAGCGCUUUGAGAACUUGUUUAAUAUGGGAACAACCCAGAAACAAACUAAGUCCGUAUGUAGUAUCAAGUUGCACGAACUUACGUUCAAAUAUACCUUUAAGAAUAUAUGAAAUCUGUCAAGUUUCCCAAGUAA